AUGUCUAUAUUCGCAUUACAGUUCAGGUUGGACGAUCUGGUAGUAUCUUCUGAUGAUGAAGAUGGAAAUUCGCAGUUUUUAGAGACGAUUUCCACUCCUGGAUCGAGUCCCAGUAAAGAUUCCACUUUUAUAUAUGAUUUCGAGAGAUCAAAAGAUGCUGUUCCCCAAUUGAAACUGCCCAAGACACCUAAAAAAGAUGAUGUGGAUAUGAAAUUGGAUGAAGAUCUGGAAGAACUGAUGCAUUCUUUGAAACUGGACAGUAAGAUGCCGCUACAUCUCAACGAAUCGAUGGCUUCCACAUUUGCAUUGUCAUAUCUGAAUACAAGAAAUCGUCCUCAUGAUGAAAAGAAGUUGCUGACGGGAGUCGAGGUCACAGAUGACAAACAACAGCCUACAUCAAGGGCUAAACUGGAAAAGGUACUGGAUACGAUGAGUUCUUCCAUCACACAAAAACUGGCAGUUUUAACUAAAUCAAAUACAUCUCAAAUUAAGAAAGUGAAAGAUUAUAAAUUGAAAUUGGAGCAAGAACGUAAGCAGAAGGAGGAUGAAGAACGUAGGCGUAUUGAAUUGGCAAAGCAACGUGAAUUAGAAGAGGCAAAGCAACGUAGAUUACGAGAAGAAGCGCAACGACAAAAGGAAGAGGAAGAACGUAAAAGGAAGGAAGAAGAGUUGAAACAACAACAACUGAAAGUUAAGAAAGAGAAAGAAUUGAAAUUAAAACAAGAAACGGAAAGAAGGCAAAAUGAAGUAGCCCAAAAUAAAUAUAUUACAAAUUUUGAUCAAGUCUCCAAGACAUUUUGGCAUUAUAAAGAAAAAAUUGUAUCAAUAAAACGGGACGUUGUCGAACCAGUGAAAAAAGCUGAUAAGGAAACCAGAAAUAUAUUAUCUAAACAUAAGAGAAAGAUAAAUCCAAAAUUCGGUCAAUUGACAAAUUCAAUGUCACAAUUGACAGCCAUCGCUACAGAAUUGGACUCCUUGAUUGCCCAAACCAGAGAUAAUGAUUUAUGCUUCAAAUGGAUUUUAAAUUUUAUUGCAAAAGCCAUCGUCCAUCAGGCAGAAACUGAGGUCAGGGUCAAACCAGAAUCAUCUUUACCCUUAGCGAAAUUAUCCCUGUUCUUAAUGGGGAAAUUCCCAGAUCUCAUAGAACUUUUGAUGGCCAGAUUUGUUAAAAAAUGUCCCUUUGUCAUUGGAUUUACUUGUUCUAUUGAUACCGAGCAAGGUAGAUUCAAUAUGGGCUGGAAACGAAAUUCUGAAUCUAAAUGGGAAGACGGCACAGUCUAUGAUGAAAGAAUGAGUGGUAUGAUGACAUUAUUUGCAGUAAUAACCAGAUUAGAUCCACUCUUGCCCAAUCAACAAAAUCCUUGGUCCAUGGAAUAUUCGUGGAAGAUUCUCGCUAGAAUUGCCAAUGUUGAUCCCAAACUAUUGACUAACACACAUUUUGUUGUUCUAGGAUCAUGGUGGGAUGCUGCAGCGUCCAAUUUCCUACAAGUGUUCGGGAACCAAGGUGCAAAACUACUGAAAUUAAUUGGUGAUGACUUAACAUCAUCUGUCGCUGAAAGAAAAUAUGUUGGUGCAGCUAGACUAAGAAUUCUGACCGAAGAAUGGAUGACGAGUAACAUGAUAAAAUCCUUCCCUGAGAUGGAUCAAUAG